AUGAAAGACUCUGUUUCAAAAGAAAAAAAAAAGAGAGAGAGAGAGAGCGAGCUGCUGAAAUAGCUGGGUGGGUAAGGGCACCUGCCCCAAGGCCUGACAACCAGUAUUUGAUCUUUGGGACCCACACGGCGGAAGGAGAGAACCAACCCCUGCAAGUUAUCUUCUGACCACUCCCUGCACGCUCACAUCUGUGCAUGUGUAUACACACACAAAAUAAAUAUUAAGUGAGAGAAGCGGAGUGUGGGGCACAGCCCUGUAAUGCCUGCACGCUGGAGGAGAGCUGGGGGUGGGGAAUUCAAGGCCCCUUGUACUUGUGUUACAUAGUGAGACUUUGUCUCAGAAACCAAUAGGCUGCUGGGUAGCAGAAGGGGAAGGGGUUGCUGGGGAGCUACUGUCAGUGAGAUCCCCUGGCAGGAACACCUCAAAAAAGUGACCAAUGGCCAGGGCAAAGGCCAGCCUAGGUAGAGGGUGCUGCCUGGAAGGUGGAAGGGAAGAGCCAUAUGGAGAUGGAGAGAUAGGCCAGUUCCACCACACAGAGGGCCACCAUAAGGCCAAGCGGACAGACUUGGGAGACAAAGGGACAUGACUGCUUUGAUUGUAUCCCAGCCAGGGGACAGGGCCAGAGUGGCACGAUUUCCAGCUGGUUUCCUCAAGGGAACUAGAAUGCAGGGCCUUCCCAGCUGCUGUACCCACUUCUCCCACAGAUGCCUCCCCAUCCCUGCACACAUCCACAGCCCCCUCUCCUCACCUCCGUCUCCCCACAUUCCUGCCCUUCUCACCUAUGUCCUCUCCCGCCUACCCCCAACACACCCUCUUUGUCACCUCUAGCCCUGUGGCCUCCUUACCCAACAGAGGACCACAUGAUGCUGGUAAAAAUAGCUCUGUUUGACAGAGUGUGGAUGGAGGGAGGGGCAGAGGCAGGAGACAAGGCUGGGCCCCCAGUGCUAGGGAAGGGCCCUUGGGUGGUGUGGGCUCCUGACCCCUCCCUGCUCAGUCACACAUUUGCUCAGGUCACUUUAGUCUCGGGUUCUGUCACCCUAAGCAUGCACCCAGGACCAGCAGCAGCACAGCGGUAUGACAGCUGUCUCAGGUGUGUGCCCGGUGUCUCCAGUAGGUGGGAGUCUCUCUGAGUCUCUAUGUCUGAGCCACCAUGGCAUGUGCAGGGCGAGCCGGUGGGCGGCAACGGGUGAGCAUGCAGGAACACAUGGCCAUCGACGUGAGCCCCGGGCCCAUCCAGCCCAUCCACCUCAUUUCUGACUACUUCCCACACUUCUACCCCUUCCUGGAGCCGGUGCUGCGCGCACCAGACCGGCAGGCUGUGCUGGCCCCGGCCAUCCACCCUGCACCCCAGCUGCAGCCCAGCCCAGAGCCAGAAGGAGACUCAGAUGACAGCACUGCCCUGGGUACCCUGGAGUUCACACUUCUCUUUGACGCGGACAACAGCACCCUACACUGCACAGCUCACCGAGCCAAGGGCCUCAAACCGCCAGCCUCGGGCUCUGUGGACACCUAUGUCAAAGCCAACUUGCUGCCAGGGGCCAGCAAGGUGAGGGCCAGUCAGCUCCGGACUCGCACUGUUCGAGGCACGAGGGGACCUGUCUGGGAGGAGACGCUCACCUAUCAUGGCUUCACUCGCCAGGAUGCUGGACGGAAGACCCUGAGGUUAUGCGUAUGUGAAGAUUCACGGCUGCGGCGCCGGCGGCGAGCACCCCCUUUAGGGGAGCUACGAGUGCCCCUGAGGAAGCUGGUGCCAAACCGAGCCAGGAGCUUUGAUAUCUGCCUGGAGAAGCGGAGGCUGACCAAGAGGCCCAAGAGCCUGGACACAGCCCGCGGCAUGUCUCUGUACGAGGAGGAGGAGAUGGAGGCAGAGGUGUCUGGGGAGGACCGUGGGCGCAUCCUACUGUCCCUGUGCUACAGCUCCCAGCGCGGCGGCCUGCUGGUGGGUGUGCUGCGCUGCGCCCACCUGGCCCCCAUGGAUGCCAAUGGCUACUCGGACCCCUUUGUCCGCCUUUUCCUGCAUCCAAGUUCUGGGAAGAAAUCCAAAUAUAAGACCAGUGUUCGGAGAAAGACCCUGAACCCCGAGUUCAAUGAGGAAUUCUUUUAUGCAGGUCACCGGGAGGAGUUGGCCCAGAAAGCACUGCUGGUGUCUGUGUGGGACUAUGACCUGGGCACUGCUGAUGACUUCAUCGGUGGGGUGCAGCUGAGUAGCAGAGCCAGUGGGGAACGCCUUCGCCACUGGCGCGAGUGCCUGGGCCGCAGUGACCGCCGGCUGGAACUGUGGCACCUGCUGGACAGUGUGCCCCCCCAACUUGGCGACUAGCCAGCACAGGGCCUGCUCGCAGCCUGUUCAGGGGCCGAGACAUCUGCUGCAGCUGCAGAGUGUAGGUUGGCCCCUACCUACUGUGCCCACUCCUGUCUCCUUUCAGUCACCCCACCCCCAAACACAACGCAAAAUAAACAUCUGCUUCUGCCA